CUGAUCACUAGAUUUUAGUUGUAAUAACUGAAGCUGUACAUUGACUCUAGACUGCUCCUCUUUAAGUCCAAAAAUAAUAACUUCAGUUUUAUAAAAACUGAACUAACAUAGUUACUUGACUAUAUUAUGAAAUUAUUCUAUGUGGCUGGAAAUUACUGCCCCUUUAACAAUAUCGGAACAUUAGGAAUUCUUUAUGAAGUUACCUAAUUUUACCUACUUUAAAGUCCAGCUCAAACAGCAGAGUGAAUCUAUAACAGAGUCCAGUCCCACCCACCAGCACCAGUCACCCCUCUGGAAUCCAAACCAGGCAACUGUCUCAUUCCCAGUCCGGCUAAUUUUCCUCCCCAAGUUUCUCCCUCUGGCUGCACAGACCGCAGCGUCGCAGCUAUUUCAAAUGGACGUGCUGGACGUUCCUGCAGACCGCCAGAAAGGAUGGUACCUUUCACUUAUGGCCCCCAACACAAAAGGACCAGAGUUCGCCUGGCUGGACCCGUCCAGACUCUACUGCAACUCGCAGGCUCUGGCAGACUGCGUCAAAGACCUUCUGGGUCCGUUUCACAGCGACCCCGUUGACCUGGUUGCCGGGAUCGAUGCCAUGGGAUUUAUUCUUGGGGCUUCUGUCGCCACGACUCUUGGAAAAGGUUUCCUGGCCAUUCGUAAAGUGGGUCAUCUGUGUGUAGCGACCCAAAACCAGAACUACACAGACUACACAGGAAGAGAAAAGGCUAUGGAAGUAAGACUGGAUGUGCUAAAACCAGGUCUGAGGGUUUUGCUGGUGGACCAGUGGAUAGAGACGGGUGGCACGAUGAGGGCCGCCAUCCAGCUGGUGGAGAACCUGGGAGCCACGGUCACAGGUGUGGCAGCCGUGGCCAUCGAGAACACGGAGGGAGGGAAGUGGAUCAAGGAAAACUACAAGUUUUCCCACUGCAUCCCAGAAGGGCUGCAGAGCCAAGUGGACGGGAAACACCUGGACUCUUUCAASAGCUUCACCAAGUAGAGGCGACUCUCAGCGAAGACAACUAAGACGCAUUUUAUGUAAAACACUUUUAAUUUGCAUAGAGAUACUGUGAUGUAGUAAGCUUAAUAUUUUUUUUACCAACUAAAAUAAUUUGACAUGAUUGUAUUACUGCCAUGAAAUAA